GACGGAACUUGGGCUCCUCUCAAACCCGGAAUGUGAGGCUUUGGCUCAGCUAGCCGCUUCUGCCUGCUACUCCCUGUCCCCCUGUUGACCCCGGCCUGCGUCCACCGUCCCCCGGCCUCGUCCCCGGAAAGCCAGGGCGGUCGUGCCCUCCGCCGUGGACCCGCGUGGCUGCCGCCGCCCCUCCGAAUCCUCCGGGGCCGCAGAGGAGUUCGCUACGGAGGGAGGAGGGGGCCUUCGGGAGGCGGAGGAGGAGGAGGCGGAGGAGGAGGGAAGGAAGAUGGCGGCCGUGGAGCUAGAGUGGAUCCCAGAGACUCUCUACAACACCGCCAUCUCCGCUGUCGUGGACAACUACAUCCGCUCCCGCCGAGACAUCCGCUCCUUGCCCGAGAACAUCCAGUUCGAUGUUUACUACAAGCUUUACCAGCAGGGACGAUUAUGUCAAUUGGGUAGUGAAUUUUGUGAAUUGGAAGUUUUUGCUAAAGUAUUGAGAGCUUUGGAUAAAAGACAUUUGCUUCAUCAUUGUUUUCAGGCUUUGAUGGAUCAUGGUGUUAAAGUUGCUUCAGUCCUGGCCUACUCAUUCAGUAGAAGGUGCUCUUAUAUAGCAGAAUCAGAUGCGGCAGUAAAGGAAAAAGCAAUUCAGGUUGGCUUUGUUCUAGGUGGCUUCCUUUCAGAUGCAGGCUGGUACAGCGAUGCUGAGAAAGUUUUUCUGUCUUGCCUACAGUUGUGUACUCUACAUGAUGAGAUGCUUCAUUGGUUUCGUGCAGUAGAGUGCUGUGUGAGGUUACUUCAUGUAAGAAAUGGAAACUGCAAAUAUCAUUUGGGUGAAGAAACAUUUAAGUUAGCGCAGACAUAUAUGGAUAAACUGUCAAAACAUGGCCAGCAAGCAAACAAAGCUGCACUCUAUGGAGAAUUGUGUGCCCUCCUGUUUGCAAAAAGUCACUAUGAUGAGGCAUACAAAUGGUGCAUUGAAGCAAUGAAAGAAAUUACAGCUGGCUUACCAGUUAAAGUUGUGGUGGAUGUUCUAAGGCAAGCUUCUAAGGCUUGUGUAGUAAAACGUGAAUUUAAGAAGGCAGAACAGUUAAUUAAACAUGCAGUGUAUUUAGCACGAGAUCAUUUUGGACCCAAACACCCCAAAUACUCUGAUACAUUGCUAGAUUAUGGCUUCUACUUACUCAAUGUAGAUAAUAUCUGUCAGUCUGUUGCAAUUUAUCAGGCAGCCCUUGACAUUCGACAGUCAGUGUUUGGUGGCAAAAAUAUCCAUGUAGCAACAGCUCAUGAAGACUUGGCUUACUCUUCUUACGUUCACCAGUACAGCUCUGGGAAAUUUGACAAUGCACUAUUUCAUGCUGAAAGAGCUAUUGGUAUCAUCACCCACAUCCUACCUGAAGAUCAUCUUCUUUUGGCUUCUUCAAAGAGGGUGAAAGCACUUAUUUUAGAGGAGAUUGCAAUUGAUUGUCAUAAUAAGGAAACAGAACAGAGGCUGCUUCAAGAAGCUCAUGAUUUGCACCUGUCUUCACUCCAGCUAGCUAAAAAGGCUUUUGGGGAAUUUAAUGUACAGACUGCAAAACACUAUGGUAACCUUGGAAGACUUUAUCAGUCAAUGAGAAAAUUCAAGGAAGCUGAAGAAAUGCACAUCAAAGCAAUUCAAAUUAAAGAGCAACUUCUUGGUCAAGAAGAUUAUGAAGUAGCCCUUUCAGUGGGACAUCUGGCUUCUUUGUAUAAUUACGAUAUGAAUCAGUAUGAAAAUGCUGAGAAACUUUAUUUGCGAUCUAUAGCAAUUGGGAAGAAACUUUUUGGUGAAGGCUACAGUGGACUAGAAUAUGAUUACCGAGGUCUCAUUAAACUUUACAACUCCAUUGGAAAUUACGAGAAAGUGUUUGAAUAUCACAAUGUUCUGUCUAACUGGAACCGGUUGCGAGAUCGGCAGUAUUCAGUGACCGAUGCCCUUGAGGAUGUCAACACCAGCCCCCAGUCCACUGAAGAAGUGGUGCAGUCCUUCCUAGUUUCUCAGAAUGUCGAGGGACCAAGCUGCUGAGGGACCACCUCAGUUAACCAAUUACCUUUUCCCAGAUUCCAGGGAAUUAAUUCAUACUGUGAAAUCAAAACCAUGUUGUUUUUGAGGGCUGGAAUUUGCAUUGAAACACUGGUCCAGUCCAUUGAAGACCCUAUUUUGGGUAAUGCCUAUGUUGCAGAGUGUCCGUAGAAUAAGCAUAUAUUCAGUUAUACUCCGCAUGUACCGCAUGUAUAAGUAGUCUGGCCCACAUUUUCAACCUAGUAGAACAAACAACAGGAGAAUCUUUUUCUUUUUCUUUUUUUUUUUUUUUUCUUCUUUUUAAAAAAAUAAUUCAUUUUGCAGUAAGCCUGAAAGAAAAAAAAAAGAACCCCUAAAUAAAACUAUUUAAGAGUUUAAAAGAGUUGCAUUCUUAUUAUGUAAGGAUGAUUUUAACAACUUUUUAACAUAUACUUCUUCCAUGUGAAGGUAUUCAAUACUGUCUUGUAAAGAAAUUUUAUGGGGAAAAUCUUUAUAUGCAGUAUAGAAAAGUUGACACAAGCACUAAUAAAAAUGAGACAUCCUAACUUGUGUUUGGCCGCCUUACCUAGAGAAGUGUACAUAACCACUCCAGAGCUUUGUAAUGCGGGAAGGGCUGUCAGUCAUCUGUACUGGACCAGUGUUGAUCUGUAAGUAACAGAAAUCUGUUCUGUUUUUGGUACAGCAGUGCAAGAUGCUCUAAUUGUGUUUGCUAACAGGACCAGAAAAACUUUUAAAAGGACCAGCCUAUUGUAGAAGGCGGUUAUUUGGACCAGAGGCUUUAGACGAUUAUUUUAGUCCCUGAAUAUAUCUUUAUCAAUAGAACGAGUCAUUUAGCUGUAUAAUGGAAAGUGAUAGUGCAGAGAAUUACAGUCAUAUAAUAGAUGCCACGCUAGGGAAGUGUGGCGGUGCCAGUGGCAUUUCUUUAGUCAUGGUGCACAGAUGGCAAUGCCGUCUGGAAAUACCUGCUGCGGCUACCACCCGCAUUUUCAAUGUUCCCCUAACUAUAAAUGCCAUUAAUAGGUGUGUUGGCUAGAGUUGUAAAAUAGUUCAUGCUCAGAUGGGAAUUUUAGAUCACUACAUGGUUUUUGGGAUUAUGGAAAAUAAAUGCCCAAAAAUAAAAUCUUAGAAAAUUCUUCAUUUUUAUAAUAAAUAAUAGUAAAACUGAAGUUAUUGUAUUUGAAGUCCAGGGAUCAAAUGGGAAGAUCCCCUAAUGAUAUGUCUGUUUCACUAAUUUGUUUAUUUUGUUUUGAUUUCUUUUUUUAAGCCAGUGGUGGGUUAUUUAAUUGAGGUAAUUUUCAAAUUGGGUAAGUUGUGACAUGUAGCAAACCAAGAAACAAAAAGGUCUUUUGCUGUUACCUCAAUUCUUAAGAUAGUGGCCCGUCUGGUGCCUCUAGAGUUAAGAAUCUGAGUUUCUCCCCUAUUUUCAGGGGUUCAUGAUUGGCUGUUAGAGAUACUGCUCUUGGCUAAUGCUUGGAGUACUUUGUGGGUGAGUGGAUGAGUGUUGAAUUUAGUUUUCUUCUAACAUGAAUAUGGGUUGAAAGGGGAAAAGAGAUCUAACCUGUCUGUUAUAGGGUACAGAAGAGUCAAUGGAGAUUGCAAAUUUUAAAUACUUGUUGAACUUCCCAACUUUAACCCUGUUUGGAUUUGCUGUUUGCAGUCUUGUGAAGAGUUAGUGCUUUUCGGUCCUCAGAAGGUGAUUUAUUGGGGACUAUACCGAAAGAAAUGAAGCUGGCCCACACUCUAGGAUGAUAACUGUGGUUUUUGAAACCUGGGUGUAUUCCUCAGAUUGAACUAUUUUCUUGUUAAUUUCAGGAAAGAAUAAUUUGACACACCUGUAGUUGAAGUUUGUCCCUCUCAGUUAAUUAUAGCCUAAUGCCAAGAGUCACCCUUUAUUAUUUACCAAAUAGUAAUCUGUGUGACCAGGGACUAACAUUUUUAAGUCACUCAACUCUGUCCUCAUGGGCCUAUAUAUUUAAUACCUCCAAAGAUAUUUUCAGGAUAGACUUUGUAUCCUUUUGGUUAGAGUCCUGUGGUAUGUUUGUGGUAUAGGAAUGUCAUGGUAAAUUGUUUUUCAAUAAAUAUUUUGAAACUUAUGUUUCCAUAUGAAGUUUUUUAUUUUUUUAUUUUUUGGUUCUGUACACAUACACCAUUUCCUAGAAUAAAAUAAACAAAUGACUUAGGGCCUCAUCCUCCUUAGCUCAGCUUAGCUCACACUCUAAUAAAGUAACAUGCUAUUUAGAAGCCUAGGAUCUGGGAUGAUGUCAGGUGACAGACACUUGUUCCUUUUCUUUGGUUUUCAGAUAUUACUGACAUUUCUCCUUUAACCACUGCUUUAGUGUAAUUCCUAAUACCUAUAAAUGUUGAUAUAAUGCCUGCCCUUUAGCUAAGGAAACAGAAGUCUUUUAAAACAAAACGGAACAUUGCUGUGUUAUAUUAGGCUGUGACUUGUAGCAUCAUUAUUUCUGAAUCUAAUUUUUAAAAAUACCCUAACUUAAGUACAGGGCUUAUUCUUUUAAUAAAGAUAUUUGGAGUGAGAUGAAUGCCAUAUGACUUACAACUUUAAAAAAAAAAACCUAAGGAUGAAAUUUGCCUCACAAUAACCAGUAGCUUGUACAGGUUUUUUUUUUUUUCCGUACGUGUGUUAGGAUGCCCUGGCCAGCCGAAAAAGAUGUUUCUGGAGGUUUAGUGAAGUAAUGUUAGACGCAGGCCUUUGGCCUCAUCCUUCCUGACUCGUCAUUUACCCAGUCUUAUUCCUAAAUUGUGGUGCUACUCCAGCUGGGGGCAUCAGGGAGCCGUCAGGCGUGCCACAGUGCAGUCAGUCACUGGGAUUCUGUGUGAGUUCUUCACAGCGUAAUCGUUACAGGCCCCCCAGAACUGACUUUGCCUAGAGGGUUAGAACCCUUCUUCCCAUCACCUCUCUUCUUUGGUUAAAAAUGAAUUCACUUUUACUUUGUAGUAACCCUUGUCCACGUAUUCUUGCACUGUAAUGAAAACCUUUGUUCCUAGUCUGUUAGGAAGAGUUCAUAAUCUUAUAAAAAUUAAGUAUAGAAAGCUGAGCACAAUGGCACACAUCUAUAGUAUCAGCCACUCAGGAGGCUGAGGCAAGAGGAUCACUUGAGCCCAUAAAUUCCAGACCAACCUGGGCAACGUAGCAAGACCCCCAUCAAGAAAGUUAAGUACAGGAAAUGCAGUCUUAUAAGAAUAAAAGUGCCAUGUGGCUGCUCGUUAUAGUGCAGACAGAAAGCUGAGCAGUAAACACAUGCCCAAAGCAUGUUUGCAACUUUCAGUUAAAAUUACAAACUGAUAGAAUGAUUUACUAAAUGACAGGAAUCAUUAACUGCCACUUUUUUCCCCUCCUCUGCAUUCCUAUCCUUGCUCCAAACUUCUUUUUCUGUAUAGCAAAGUUACUACUGGAAAAAUAGAAGUACUAAUCUUUGGAAGAGUUCUAUUUUUGCUUUUUAAAAAAUGGAGUGCAUAUCGGGGCUGGGGAUUUAGCUCAGCGGCAUAAGCACCUGCCUUGCAAGCAGGCAGUCGUGAGUUCGAUCCCUGGUACCGAUAAAAAAAGGAAAAAGACAAAAAAAAAAAAAAAAAAAAUGGAGUGCAUAUUAUAUUCCACCUCAAGUUACCAGGAAUUUUUUAAAAAUACGACAUGCAGAUUAAUCUCCAGCUUGAACACUAGUAGUAGUCCACAAAUCUCAGGAAAGUUUUAGGCAGAAAACUGGUUUUACCCUGUUGAUGAUUUGAAGGAGUGUGCUUUUGGAGUUAUUAAAUAAUACUAUUCUUACUUGCAAUCCUAGGUAUCUAGCAUGAGUGGCCUUAGUGAGUUUGUUGACGUGCACAUGUUUUUCAAAAGUAAAAUUUACGAUUAAAUAUAUAUGCUAUAUAUAGAUAUCUAGAAAACUUGGUUUGUGGUGCACAGUUAAGUGUUGGAUCACUAAAUAAUCAUUGCAGGUACCAUUUGUGUAACAUUACUCAUUUCUGUAUAUUCCUUUUGUGGGAAGACAUGUUGCCAUGGUAACUAAAAACCUUUUCAAUUUGGUUCUACUUUUAUGAUGUGAAUGAAAUGCUACAUUUUAUUAAAUAUUACCAGGUCAGUACUAUUUUUCUACUUUACUAAGCAACAGGGGAUUUUAAUUUAAUAGGCUCAAAAUAAAAAGCUCUUAAUGGAAUAAUUAAAAAUAAGUCACUAACAUUCUUUACAGGAAAAUCCCCACUACUAGUGCCACAGUAAUUUCUAUAGAAAUAUCUAAGGUCAUUAAUAGAUUUUUGAAGACAGCUCAUUGUGUCAAAUGACCUUUCAUACCAUUCUCACUGACUUGUAGUGGCCACCGUUAUUUGUAACUAUUACACCAUACUAAGUAUGUUUGUAACCAGCAUUGUGAUAUAUUCUGUACUUGUAUUGCUAAAAAUGAAUUAUUGAUCUAAUAAAUAUAGUGUUCCUGCA